ACUAGUAGUCUAGAUGUCCCUUUAAUACAAUUUAUCAUCUUCCAGGAAAAUUGUCUGAUUUCAAGGAGACCCUCAAAGCUGACCUGAUUUUCAUCGUACGUCCUUCAGGGAGGUAACCUACGUAGGCAACAAAUCCAGCGAAAUUAGCUCCAUUUAUAGAUUACAGACCAACUUCGGUUUCGUCUAGAAAUUGGGUUACUUUAAAAUCGACCUUACCGUCGUGGCCUAGGUAAAAAGUUCAGCGUUUCAACACCUGGCUUAUCUGCGGCGCGCCAGUCAUGUGGCUGCCACUAAAGCGACAUCUGUCGGGGUUCUACCAGUCAGGAUUUGGUUCGUGCAACAGGAUGUAAUGUGCGACUUCCACUGUCGGUUUUUGUCGGUGGUGAACGUUGGCAACAUGCAUGGACCUAGGAGGAAACCGAAGGUCUUUGUGAUGACGGUGAUGACCAUCUUCGUCUUCAUUGUGGUGGAAGUCUCGAAGAAUGCUGGCCAGGGCAAGAACAGCAGGAACAAGGUUGUGAUCCCCACCAAGGCUUUCUGGAACAAACGGGUCCUGCACAAAGCCUUCUGGAACCAGCAACAGCAGAGACUGGACCAUAAGAACAACCCCAUCCUGAACGGUCCGAACCUCACAUUUAGUGGUGGGCUGCUGUCCGACUGGCUGAACUACACGGGCGGACAAAACUCCUGUGAACCAGAUGUCAGUGUCAUGACACAAGUGAAGGACUUCAGCUCGCUCCCGGAUCGCUUUAAAGACUUCCUGCUGUAUAUGCGAUGCAGGUCGUACCCCAUGGUGGUGGACCCGCCGGAUAUAUGCAGAGGUCAGCCUUAUCUCCUGCUGGCCAUCAAGUCCUUGGCACCCCACUUUGACCGGCGCCAGGCCAUAAGAGAAUCUUGGGGUCGAGCAGGUCUCAUGGAGAAUAAGACCGUGGUCACCAUCUUCCUCCUUGGCAAUGCCGCUGUUGUGGACCACCACCCAGACCUGUCACACAUGUUGCGUUAUGAGAGCGCCAUGCAUGGAGACAUUCUUCAAUGGGACUACAGGGACUCCUUCUUCAACCUGACCAUGAAAGAGGUGCUCUUCCUUGAGUGGUUCAACACGCGCUGUUCUGGAGCCAACUUUGUGUUCAAGGGUGACGACGAUGUUUUUGUUCACACUUCAAAUAUUAUAAAAUUUCUGAAGAGUCUGUCCCAAGCCAAAGCACAGGACCUCUUUGUCGGCGACGUCAUCACUAACGCUGGACCUCACAGAGACAAGAAGGUGAAGUACUUCAUCCCCGAGAGCAUGUUUGUGGGGACAUACCCUCCGUACGCAGGCGGCGGAGGGUACCUGUACUCGGGUUACGUGGCCAAGAGGCUUCAUGGAGUCACGAGUCGGGUUGCCCUCUAUCCCAUUGAUGACGUCUACACAGGCAUGUGCCUGAGGAAGCUGGGUCUUGCUCCAGAAAAGCACAAGAGUUUCCGCACCUUCGACAUUGAGGAGAAGUACCGCAACAACCCAUGUGCCUACAAAAGCCUGAUGCUGGUCCACCCUAGAACACCACAGGAAAUGAUUCGAAUCUGGGCGUGGCUUAAUGACCCAGCCCUAAACUGUCAAUAAACUCCAUGAGGCCUUUAAACAAACUCAGGAUUGCUAAUCCACAUUUUGGCAGCUUGGAUCUGUUGUUGUUGUCAUCGUCGUUGUUGUCGUUGUUGUUGUUGUCGUUGUUGUCGUUAUUAUUAUUAUUAUUAUUAUUAUUAUUUUCUGUAAAAAGUAACUGGUUAUUUUGUGCAUGUUAUGUCUCCUGAAUCAAUCAAAGGUAAUGUAUAGAUGGUAUGAACUUGUGUUUCCAAAAUGAUGCUAAAGUUCUCGUGUUAGAUAUUUACAAAAAACCCUCCUGCUCUGCGUCAGUAACGACCUUUAUGCACCAGUGAAUUUUGACAGUCAGCAUCAUGGGAAAUGGUUCAGCAGGUCUGAACUUGACACUGUCAAAAAAUGCCAAUGAAAUAUGCCAACCAUAGUAGCUUAUCAUGUAAGUAUUGCUAAAAAAUGUUGGGCUGUUGGUUUUUAUUGCACUGCUUGUGCUGCUGGGUUUUUUCUUUAUAUGUAUAUAAUUUUUAUUCCCCCCCCCCCCUUUAUAUAUAUAUAUAUAUAUAGCAUAUUUAGUAUGAGCCAGACUGAAGCAUAAUGUAUAAAGAACUGUAACGACCAUGAGAAAAUGUAAUUGUUUGAUUUGUUGAAAGUAAACAGGCUCCACUGUUUGUAGUGGUAGUUACGCAGAAGGUGACCAAUAUAAACUGCUUUUGUUUUUGUGUGUGAGAUUUUGGAUGUUUGUUGUGUUGCUACUGUAUGAGUUGCUGCUCCAUUUAUUGUUUUUCUUAUUUAUAGAAAAACUUCGACAUGUAAUAGUUACACACAAGGUAAAAUUAAAUGAGUGUAAUUCCAGCACUGUGGCUAAUCCAAAGUAAAAUUAUGGCAAAGUAAUGGUUGCCAUGAAGUGUCCAUGUACGUUGUUGGUCAGAUACGUUGCAUGUGUUAUAUCCGUUAUUGUUUUCGCACAAGGUUCAAUUUCUCAGACUCAAAACUGUGAGUUUAAUGCACCACUGAUCUCACCUUUUAAACUGUUGUAACCAAAAUGCUCAUGCUUUUUGCUACCUUAGCCAGCUUGUCACGCAGGACAAACCCUCACGGUUGUUUUCAGAAAAGCGCAGCACUAAGAUGCUUCAACUCGGUUCCUGUUCAGUAUUUGUUUUCUGAGCCCCAAGUGUGGGUGCUUUAGAAAUCUAAUGACUCGGAUAUAGAAAGUUAGUGUAAGGAAUAUGUUCUGUUUCUAGAAGACCGCUAUGGUGAUCUGGAAUGUUGUUCUUUUGUCCAUCUGACGGAGUCAUAUGCCGUUCCUGAUGAUUCUCCUUUUCCCACUAAUGGUGAAGAGAGUGGACGGUGUUUAGUAAGGCAUAGCCAGCCACUCGUUCCCAGGUAGAGGGCGUGCCAGUUAUAGUGACACCUGCUGGUUAGGUGUUAGAAGUUUCUCUCUCCCCUCCCCACUUGCAUUGUGCGAUGACACUGGAUUUGUUUUUGUUUGUUUGUUUUGGGGGGGGGUUUUGGGGUUACAUGGGCAGGAUGGUGACUACAUUAAUGCACUGACAGACAUUUCCAGGGUUCUACUGCUGAUUUCGUCCUAUCGCUGUUCUGACCGUAUGCUGUUCACUGCCGGACAUGAAACCAAAUAUUACCCAUUGUGCCUGCCUGCAGUAGAGUGCUGUAAAGUGCUGUCUGUCUGAGAUAAUGUUUACGUGUCUAGAUAAAUAAGACAACAGCUCCAUUUGAGCUCCCCUGCUCUUUGCAGGACACUAAAGCUCUCGACUUAAACGGCUGUUAAACUGUCGUUGGUUUUUGAGCAGUUUGAAGCCGGGCGGGUUGGGUGACCGAAGCUUAGAGAAGUGGCCAACUCAACCGAAGUUUUAUCGAGUCACAAGCUUAGAAUUAUAGAACCAAAUGAAAGUAUAUUGUCCCUUCUGUUGAGUGUGAUUGAAGGGAUUCUCCUUCACCCCCGGGAAUCUCCUCAUCCAAAUGGAAAGACGCAUCACUCGCUGUUGUAGCACACUUCGGCUGUAAAAGCAGA